UUACUGCUUUGCUUGAGCUGCACUUGAAGAGGUGGUAGCUUACUGCUGAGGGAUGGGGGUUAGAGAAGCGUGCACCAUCCGACUACCUGUGUGGGAUAUAUGAUGUGCUGUGUGUUAGUUUGAACAUUUAUCCAAAGGAGGAAUGUUUCAUCAUUUCAUGGACACGACCAAUGUUGCGACUUUCACUGAUAGCAUGAAACAAGGCAUUGCACGUGCCAACAACUCUGUUAUGUGAGGAUGGCUUUGUAAAAACCCUGGCUCUUCACAUUCGUCGGGAUUCCCCGCAAUAUUCUCAACAAGAAAAAAAAAUCCGCAAAAAUGGACAAUGAAAGUGUAGGACAAAGAUACGAGCCUGUCGCCGAGAUUGGCGAAGGUGCUUACGGAAAGGUGUACAAGGCACGAGAUUUGAAGAACGCGGGACGCUUUGUAGCCCUAAAAAGAGUUCGGGUGCAGACGGAGGAGGAAGGGAUGCCCCUCUCGACCAUCCGUGAGGUGGCGGUACUGAGGCAACUGGAGGCAUUCGAACACCCCAACGUGGUCAGACUGUUCGAUGUGUGUACUGUGUCUCGGACCGACCGCGAGACCAAGCUGACCCUGGUCUUUGAGCAUGUUGACCAGGACCUGACCACAUACCUGGAGAAAGCCCCUGAUCCUGGGGUGCCACCUGAAACUAUCAAGGAUAUGAUGUACCAGCUGCUGCAGGGGUUGGACUUCCUGCACUCACACCGUGUGGUUCACCGGGACCUGAAACCCCAGAACAUCCUGGUCACCAGCGGAGGACAGAUAAAACUGGCCGACUUCGGUCUUGCCAGAAUAUACAGCUUUCAGAUGGCCCUGACCUCCGUGGUGGUGACGUUGUGGUACAGAGCCCCAGAGGUGUUGCUCCAGUCCAGCUAUGCCACCCCAGUUGACCUGUGGAGUGUGGGCUGUAUCUUCGCUGAAAUGUUCAGGAGAAGACCUUUGUUUAGAGGAAGCUCAGAUGUUGAUCAGCUGGGCAAGAUUUUUGAUGUGGUCGGGGUUCCCUCGGUGGAGGACUGGCCCCAGGAAGUUGCCCUACCACAGAGUGCCUUCUCUCCACGACCCCCUCAGCCAAUUGGAAACCUCAUCCCUGACAUGGACGAGCUGGGGAAGUCCCUUAUACUGCAAUUCCUGGCAUUCAAUCCCGCCAAAAGGAUAUCAGCGUUUGCUGCUCUGACCCACCCCUACUUCCAGAGUGUAGAUAGUGACAGUAAGAGUGUGUACGCUCAGCCCAUUGCCAGCAACAAGCCCACCAUGGAGGAGAGCGCUGCCUGACAGCCCCCCGGCCCAGGACAAGAGAGAGAGCGCGAGAGAGAUGGACACAAAGACAGAGAAAGAGAGCAACAGACAGACAUUUGAUUCUAAAAUGCAACAGUGCUGUCUUCCACAAUGUACUGAUUUGAAUGCUGCUUUUUAGGAUAAUUUUUUUUUUAUUAAAAAAUUUAAACAAUGCAAGGACCCUUAAAGCUGAGAUGUACUGCCACCAGGGGAGAACCUCUGGAUGUCCAGGAGCUGCUGCCUCUUGUCUCUUCUGCCUUAGCCUGAGAAGAGGCUCCUCGGUGAGGGAACACCAAGCACCAAGGGUAGGUCGGCAUGGAUCUCACCUGGAGCUCAUUUCCACGACUGAACUGAGAGAGAGGAUACACACACACAUGUUUAUCCCAUGCAGGAGGACCUCACACUGCCUAGCGCUGCUUAUGGUCCAAACAUACAUUUGUGUUUUUAUAUCACUGCCAUCUACUGGUAGUCCUGUGUUACUGCAGGCUGGAACAGGAUUCUGAUGGGCUUCAGCUUAAAAGACUUCGACUGGUGCGAACGAAGCACUCCACAGAACAACUGAAAAUGGAUCACUUUGAGUUCUUCUUAUGGCAUCCGUACUUAAGUGUCAUGAAGUGAGAUGAAAUCUGAUGGACACCAUUCAAGAGCCUAUGUGUUACUCUUUCUGAUGACCUGAUCAAUCAAUCAAAUGUAUUUCUAAAGCCCUUUUUACAUCAGCCGAUGUCACAAAGUGCUAUACAGAAACCCAGCCUAAAACCCCAAACAGAUGUAGAAGCACGGUGUCUAGGAAAAACUCCCUAGAAAGGCAGGAACCUAGGAAGAAACCUAGAGAGGAACUGAGGGGUGGCCAGUCCUCUUCUGGCUGUGCCGGGUGGAGGUUAUAAGAGUACAUGGCCAUUUAAGGCCAGAUUAUUCUUCAAGAUGUUCAAACGUUCAUAGAUGACCAGCAGGGUCAAAUAAUAAUCACUGGUUGUAGAGGGUGCAACAGGUCAGCACCUCAGGAAUAAAUGUCAGUUGGCUUUUCAUAGCCGAGCAUUCAGAGGUCAUGACAGCAGGUGCGGUAGAGAGAGAGAGUCAAAAACAGCAGGUCCGGGACAAGGUAGCACGUCCGGUGAACAGAUCAGGGUUCCCUAGUCUCAGGCAGAAGAGUUGAAACUGGAGCAGCAGCACGACCAGGUGGACUGGGGACAGCCAGGAGUCAUCAGGCCAGGUUGUCCUGAGGCAUGAUCCUAGAUCACAUAGACUAUUGCAGCAUUGCAGCAUAAAUAACGGCGGCUGAAGGGGGGGGGGUCGGGGGACACUGUGGCCCGUCAGACGAUACCCCCGGACAGGGCCAACCAGGCAGGAUAUAACCCCACUCAUUUUGCCAAAGCACAGCCCCCAAACCACUAGAGCGAUAUCAACAGACCACCAAUUUACUACCCUGAGACAAGGCUGAGUAUAGCCCACGAAGAUCUACACCACUAGAGGGAUAUCAACAGACCACCAAUUUACUACCCUGAGACAAGGCUGAGUAUAGCCCACGAAGAUCUCCUCCACUUCACGAGCCUGAUGGGGAGCAAAACCGGACAGGAAGAUCACGUCAGUGACUCAACCCACUCAAAUGACGCAUCCCUCCUAGGGACCGCAUGUAGGAGCACUACUAAGCCAGUGACUCAGCCCCUGUAAUAGGGUCAGAGGCAGAGAAUCCCAGUGGAGAGAGGGGAACCGGCCAGGCAGAGACAGCAAGGGCGGUUCGUCGCUCCAGUGCCUUGCCGUUCACCUUCUCACCCCUGGGUCAGACUACACUCAAUCGUAGUACCUACUGAAGAGAUAGAUGAGUCUUCAGUAAAGACAAAGGUUGAUACCGAGUCUGCUUCUCUCACAUGGAUAGGCAGACUAUUCCCCCAAAAAAUAGCUCUGUAGGAGAAAGCCCUGCCUCCAGCUAUUUUCUUAGAAAUUCUACGGACAAUAAGGAGGCCUGUGUCUUGUGACCGUAGCGUACGUGUAGGUAUGUACGGUAGGAUCAAAUCGGAGAGAUAGGUAGGAGCAAGCCCAUGUAAUGCUUUGUAGGUUAGCAGUAAAACCUUGAAAUCAGCCCUACCCUUCUCAGGAAGCCAGAUUAGAGAGGCUAGCACUGGAGUAAUAUGAUCAAAUGUUUUGAUUCUAGUCAGGAUUCUAGCAGCCAUGUUUAGCACUAACUGAAGUUUAUUCAGUGCUUUAUCCGGGUAGCCGGAGAGUGGAGCCUUGCAGUAAUCUAAAAUCUAAAAGUCUAAUCUAAAAUAAUUUUUGUUACGACGAUGGAAAAAAGCUGUCCUUGAAAUAUUCUUGAUAUGUUCUUCAAAAGAGAGAUCCGGGUCAAGAGUAAUGUCGAGGUCCUUCACAGUUUUAUUUGAGACGACUGUACAACUAUCAAGCUUAUUUGUCAGAUCCAACAGCAGAUCUCUUUGUUUCUUAGGACCUAGAACUAGCAUCUCUGUUUUGUCCGAGUUUAAAACAAUUUGCCGCCAUACACUUCCUUAUGUCUGAAACACAGGCUACCAGAGUAGGCAAUUUUGGGGCUUCACCAUGUUUCAUCGAAAUGUACAGCUGUGUGUCGUCCGCAUAGCACCAAGAGGUAGAAUAUAUAGUGAAAACAAUAGUGGUCCUAAAACAGAACCUUGAGGAAUGCCGAAACGUACAAUUGAUUUGUCAGAGGACAAACCAUCCACAGAGACGAACUGAUAUCUUUCCAACAGAAAAUGACCUGAUGCACAGAGCAUAGUGGAGUGACUAUAUGUUGAAUAAGAAUAAGGUCGAUGUACGCACCAUUGUUGACAGUUGAUUUCUUAUUUUCUAUUUUGUCUUAAUUUUAUUGGACUUUAAAUAAUGUGUGGGGAUUGAAAUUAAAAAUGAUAUUGCAAAAUUCCCCUGUAGAAAAUAAAUUACAAGACUAGGUAAAAUCCAAAGGAGGAAAUGUUUGACAAUGUGAGGCAUGUAGAAUGGAUCGGGUAAUGGACUGGUAUAGGCUAGUGCUAGAGACUGCACUUAUCCUGGCAGUAGUGAUGUGACUUGCAUAUCCAGCACACUGGCAUGUGUAGCAGGGUAGCAGUAGUAUAGGUGUUGGUCAGUGAAAUGUUGUUAGUUGUGAGAUUUUGUAUUGAGAAAAGGGAGGUGGAUACGUCGGAUUCAGAGGAUGUUGAACAUUGUACCUUCUUCAUUUGGACUUCUCAGAGGGUUACAUAGAAACAUACAGUGGUUCAUGUUGAAACACACAGUUGUUCUGUGUUAAGAAUGGUUGUUUUAACAAUGAUGCUCACCUUACUUAUGCUCACGUUGCGGAGCACUCCAAUGGCAUAUUGAUUCAAUAUGACUAGCUAGAGUGCUUUCACAGGGAUUGGCUGAAAACAAGUCAAGGUAAAUAGAGUUUUUUUGUUUGCUAAACUUCUUACUGAACAGUAAUACAUCUAGACCAUAACUUUCACUCUGGUAUAUCUAGUGCUGCUAGCACACAAAUACACUCAGGAUCUUUUUAGAAAUCAAAUCAGAAAUCAUUCUGACACACUUUGCACAUUCAUGAUUAGACUGCGUCAACUGUUUCAGUGGCUGACAAUAAUGCUAUAACAUGAUUUUGAUACUAUACUCAUAUUACAGAAUUCAUGACUGUGUGAAUCAAACUGCACGUCUACUAUGAUAUGUUUGAUAUCCUACGUGUUUUCAGUGUCAGGGCACACUUGGUUUAAUCACAUGAAAUCCAUUUGGACUGAGCUCUCAUCUCCAUGUAGCAGCAGAUGUGUUUGUACUCAUCCAUCUCUGUUCUGUCAGGUUCAUGUCACUGAAGGAUACAUUGCAGACUUCAUGUUACAACUCUCUAGAAAUAGGGAUUGUCAAGCUUUCUUGGUAUCGGUCAGUUCUACGUCAACUGCCCUACUAACAAGUACCCACUGGGCACAGACAUCAGUUCAACGUCUAGUUUUGAUUGACAUUUUGUUGAGUUGUCAAUUCAGUGUGAAAUCAACAACAAAAAAUGUCAUUGGAUUUAGGUUAAACCUUGGGUGAAAAAAAGACGAAAUGCCCUAUUAUUGAUUACUUUUUGCAAAUCCAAUUAUUUUCCCACGUUGAUUCAAUGUCAUGACAUAUAUUUUUGGGGUUGAAAUUACGUGGAAACAAUGUUGAUUCAGCCAGUUUUUGCCUAGAGGGUAGAUUAUCAUCAUUUUACUCUAUAUUCACUUGAAACUAUCACUGUGUUAUUUUAUUUAAGAGGUUUAUUGGUCAUUUGUAAACCUAAAACACAGGACAAGAAUACUUUUGUCUAUGCUUUUGUCUAAGAAAGUUAUACUUUUUUACAGCCACCUACAUGGGGUCUGCCAUACAUUUACUACGAUUACACAAAUGCACCUACAGUAUGAUAGCUUUGUAUUGCAAAUACCCUUUAGCUAAUGAACAGUACUGAGAAAUUUAGUAUUUUAGCACAUUUAGCUCCAAGGGUGAAAGUAAAGGCCACAAAUGUAUUUGAAAUGCCCACUUAUGUCAUGAUAACUUAAUUUACAAUGACGAUAUGGAGGUAAUGGGCAUUAUGUCUACAUGAAUAAAUGCCAUCAGUGGUGAUUGCUUCAUGUUACACCAUUUGAAUAAAAAAUCUGCUUUGUAUAUGCGAGCGUUCUUGUUCGGGAUUCAUUCAAAUAAUGAACAAAUGUAUAAUGUGCUUAAUAUUGAAUUGGGUUGUGUUAGGCUGUGGAUAUUUAGUUGUUGUAUUUGUUGUGGUAUUUCAAUGUUGUGAAGCUGCAAAAAAAAAAAAAAAAUUGUAAACAUCACAAUAUACACUGAGUGUACAGAACAUUAGGACCACCUUCCUAAUAAUGAGCCCCCAGAACAGCCUCAAUUCAUCAGGCCAGGGACUCUACAAGGUGUCGAAAGCAUUCCACAUGGAUGCUGGCCCAUGAUGACUCCAAUGCUUCCCACAGUUGUGUCAAAUUGUCUGGAUGUCCUUUGGGUGGUGGACCAUUCUUAAUACAUACAGGAAACUGUUGAGUGUGAAAAAAAUUUGUGUUGCAGUUCUUGACACAAACCAGUGUGUCUGGCACCUACUACCAUACCCUGUUCAAAUGAACUUAAAUAUUUUGUCUUGCCCAUUCACCCUCUGAUUCAUUCACAAUCCAUGUCUCAAUUGUCUCAAUGCUUAAAAAUCCUUGUUUCACCUGGCCAGCCUAUGUCAUGUUUAGUAUAUAUUUUAUUUUAUUAUAUUUUAUUACAAACAAUCUGUAAAGAAUGUGUAUCUUUCUAUUUGACAGAAGAUCAUGAUAUAGCAGAAUUGAUAGAAGAUCAUGACAUAGCAGAAUUGACAGAAGAUCAUGACAUAGCAGAAUUGACAGAAGAUCAUGACAUAGCAGAAUUGACAGAAAAUCAUGACAUAGCAGAAUUGGCAGAAGAUCAUGACAUAGCAGAAUUGACAGAAGAUCAUGACAUAGCAGAAUUGACAGAAGAUCAUGAUUCCCUGUUCUUUUUGCAACAACACAUUUAACAUUCGCCGCGAAUCUCUUCUAUACUGCAUAUCAAAACAACAAUAGAUUACAUAGUAUUACAUAACAAAUAUUGAUCAUUCUUAUACAUUUUAAUUUACUUCUCUCACUACUGCUUAUCUAAACAAUGCAGAAUUAGCACCAUACAGUCAUUCAAGUCUUAUUUUGAAAUAGACCCAAUAUAACAUUUUGAGAUAACGUUUGAGAUUUGUUAUUAUAACUUGUGUCCUUAAACAGAGGCAGAGUCCCUAAUGGAACCCUAUUCCCUAGGGCCCUGGCCAAAGGUAGUGCACAAUCUAGGGAAUAGGUUGCCAUUGGGGCGCAUCCAGCGAGGCCAAACACAGAUCACAAGCUGAUACCCGCCAAAUGCAAUACAGAUCACCAUGCCUACAUUAAGCACAGAAGCCCAACCAGUUCAUAUUGUGGUGUCUUCUGUACUUUAGCUACAGGUGUACAAUAUUAGUGAUCGUAGUAAAAGGACUUGCUCAAUGAAUCUCCAAUGAAGCCCCAAACUAUUUAGGCAUUAGUGGUUUUGACUUGUACAUAAGGUCUUAUUUGUGCAGUUUACUUGUUUAGUAUUUUUCUAUUAUUUGUAGUGUUCUUUUUUGAAAUGAUGUUUCAUGUACAGUACAAUGAUGAUGUGUUUUUCAUGUGAAGAAGUUACUGAUUUUGGGGGAGUUAUGCUAUUUAACUAAUUAAAGGUCUUGCUAUAUAACAUCAUGUCUAGUCUAGGUCCAUUAUGUAGCCUGGCCUUAUGUUUGUUCAGCACCAUAUUUAAAAUAAAAUGCAUUUUAUAUAUUGUGAUUCAAAGCUGUUCUGAAGCAGGUUGUUGAUGCCAGAAUCCACAUUUCUACAAUGCCCUUUUUUUGCUAAUAUUGUAGUUUUGCCAAGAAACCGGAUUUUAGGAAACACAGAGUAUCAAAUAGGAACAUAGUUUGCUACUUAUUUUUAUUUCAAUUGUAUUUAUCCAUUUUGGCUUUCUCUAAACUGGUUUUGCUGCUAUGCAGUAAUGCUCUCAAAAUGUAUUUUAAAAACAUAUUAUGACCCACCAUAAGGUUAUCUAAGUGUAUGUAGCAGCUUAACGUUUCUGAUAUUUUAUUCACAACUGCUUGUCAUUUUUAUUUUAGUCAAAUAAAUGUUUAGUGUGUUAA